AUGGAUCUCGGAACAAAAGGACACGUCGCCGACUCACCAUGGAGAUUGCUCAUGCUCUGCGCCUACAACGCCAGGACAGCUCCACCAUCGCUGAUCUUCACGCCCUUCUCAAGCAGCAGGGCGCAUCAACUACCGCGUAAUCGCCUUACAGGUCCAAACAAAGUCCAAGAAGACGGACGGAGGCAGCAGUUCCACGCCAAUCUUUUUUUGCUCGUCAACACCCGUGUCAAACCCCGUUAUUCCCACUGA